ACGGAGCUAAACAUCGGUGGGCAUCCAGAGGGUCUUUGAGAGUUGGAUACGGUUGGUAAGAUCUGCCACCUGUUACAGCUGAUAGUACUCCCUCCAGAAGAGGGCAAUGAAAAACCGCUCUCCCUCUCCACCGCUGCAUGUUCAUGUUGAUGAAAGUACUCCAGUCCAUGUCCACAUUAAAAAGUCUUCCAGACCCCCUGCAAAGACACAGCAAGGAGCCAAGCUAAAAAAGAAAGGGAUGGGAAAUCUCAGGAGGAGUGCAACUGUGAAGACCAAGGUUCCAUGGAUCCCACCUGGGAAGUCCUCUUUGCGAGAUGCUGGUUUAAAGUGGGAGGGCUUAACCCAUCGCUUGGACAUCACACCUCCAGAUACAGAAAGAAUGUUUUCAGCUCUGAGAAUGAGUGACCUGUCUACAGACGAAGAAGAAAUUAAGCGCAGCAAGAUGAACUCUUAUGAGGAAAAGAUUGCCACUUUGAUGAGUGAAAUGGGAACUCUGAAGCAUGAGUUAGAGCUACAGAAAAGGGAAAAAUACCUGGGGAAAUGUGAGGAACAACUAGCUGCAUCCAAACGUUUACUGGAGGCACAGCAGGAGGAGCUGGCCGAGGUGUCCCAGGAACUUGUAGAGACAGAGAAUGAGAACGUCUGGCUGAAGAGAAGCCUUGACCGGAUCCAGGAAGAGAAGGGAUUAAGUAUACUUCAGAAGCAGCAGUUGCAGGAAGAGAAAGCUCACCUUCUGGCUAAGCUAUUAGAGGCUGAAACUGAUGGGGCAGAGGCAGCGAAGCAAGUGACCCUGCUGAGUGACACCAUCCAAAGACUGAAGCAUGAAAAAAGAAUGACAAGUACAGAUAUUAACCUGCUCACUAGGCAAAAGGAAUUGCUGCUACAGAAACUGAACACCUUUGAGGACACCAACAGGAGCCUGCGAACGCUACUGAGAGAGCAGCACCGCCAAGAGACAGAGACAUACCGACUGAUGGAGCAAAAGGAAAUGCUUUUGAAGAAACUGUCUGAUGCUGACACAGAGAAAAUGCAUCUACAGUUAAAGCUUCAUGAGCAAGAAGAGAAAGUGGAGGAUCUUUUAGCACAGCUGAAGACUGAAAAGGAUCUGUCCAAAACUGCAUCUGAAGUCUCCAAGUCCAUAGAAUCUACAAAAGCACAUUUACAGGGACAACUGAGAACGCGUGAGGCUGAGAACAAUCGCCUGUCUGUGCAGAUCAGGAAUUUAGAGCGUAAUGAGGCUCAUCAAAAAGAAGAAAUUGUCAAACUGAUGGAGCAAUUAACAGAGUUGAAGCAGAAAGUGGAUUCCGAGAAGGAAGCCCUAAAGAAAUCUGUAAGAGCACAGAAACAACGAGCAGAGAGAAGUGAGGAGACCUUAGAGAUGCUUAACAGGCAGCUCGUGGGUAAUGACUCUGAGCUGGCUAAGGCCUUAUCCAGUGCUGAAACGUGGAGGAGUCGAUACAAUAAACUGAUGAAGGAGAGCAGUCAGCAUGAAGAAGAGGUUGCAGUAUUGAGCAAUCGACUCAAAGGCCUGCUUGGAGAGAGUCACGGUAUAGAAGAGAGGGGCCGCUUGGAACGGGACUCCCUUCUGGAGAAGCUGCAUCAGCAGACCACAGAGAAUACAUGCCUGAGACUAGAACAUGAAAAGCUGAAGGCAAGUCUGACAACAGUAGAGGAAAAACUAAGUCUGGCCCAAAGUGAGGUACAACAGCUUAAAAACUCACUACGGCAGUACGAGGGUCUAGUUGAUACCUACAAAGAACAGUUACAAAAGAGUCGCCAGGAAGCAAAUAGUAUAAGCCUGCAGCUGGAAAUGUCUGAGAAGGAAAACAAAAACAUAAAAGAAGAUAUGAACUUGGAGCUGGAACAGAUGCGUAGGAAAUUUCAGAAUCGUUUGUCAGAACUGGAGCACCUCCCAGAAAUUCUGAAAAGCACAGAGUUGGACCUGCAGGAGUGUCAUCAACAACUGCGCUCAUAUGAGCAGAAGAGCAGUGAGCUCUCAUCCACUAUUUCUGACCUGCGAACCCGGAUGGAACAGCAGGGAGACAAGAUGGAGUCGACAAGGGACCGAUAUCAGUCGGCAGUGGAAGAGAACAAACAUUUGGUCAUGAAACUUGAAGAACUUGAAAGGAGACUGGAGGAUGCUAGCACCCAAAACAGAGAACUUCUGCAGGCUGUAGCCAAGCGGGAUGAAUCCAUGCAUCAGAACCAACAGCGGCUGGACGAGAAAACUCGCGAGUGUUCUGCCCUGGCUCGCCAACUAGAGGCAGCUAUUGAGGACUCCAGAAGGCAGGUGGAUCAGACAAGAGAACGUGUCACAUCCAAAGAGAGAGUAACUCAGUCUAAAAUCUUGGACCUUGAAACACAGCUGAGCAAAACCAAGACAGAACUGAACCAGUUCCGACGUAGCAAGGAUGAUGCUGAGCGAAGAUUUCAGAGCCGCCUGCAAGAUCUUAAAGAUAGACUGGAGCAGUCAGAAAGCACCAAUCGAAGCAUGCAGAACUAUGUUCAGUUCCUUAAAUCCUCCUAUGCCAAUGUGUUUGGUGAUGCCACUUUAUCCAGCUCCCCUAUUCGACCUCGCACUCCACUCUAAGGGUGCUUUGCUUAACUCACACAACAUAGUGAUCACCAUCUCA